CCAGAGAUAUUAUGAUGCUAAAUCACCCAGAAUUAUUACAAGAUAAAUCACCCAUAAUUAUUACAAGUAUUAUUGUUAUCUUGAUGUUCAUGAUGAUAAGUCACAUGAGAGUCCUGCAUAUUUAAAAUAGGAUUUUGUUGUAUCUCAAAUAAGUCGAGUAGUUGUCCAAUGAUGAAUUUGGAAGACGUUCAUAGUCUGAACCGCGGUGUGUUGCAGCUAGUUUGUCGUAGUCUUUUGGCACAACGAUCACCAAUGUAGCGCGGCCGUUGGAUCCUCUGCGCCGGUCGAUCUCAACGGCGGAGGACGCGCCCGAAGCGAGCCCCGCAACCCCAUUGGAAAUGGCGCUGUCGGCGCAGGCCGCCGUCGCCCCGCGUCUCCUCCACCCUCCCUCGCGCCGGCUCACGUCUGCUCCAAGUACGGCGCCUCCUCUCCUGCCCCUCCUCCGCUCCGGCUCCGUCUACCCCCGGUGGACGCGGCGGGCGAGCGUGCGGGUCCGCGCGGGCGCCGGCGGCGGAGGCGAGCGGAGGAGGGAGUCCCCGUACGAGGUGCUGGGCGUGGCGCCGUCGGCGUCGCCCGCGGAGAUCAAGCGCGCGUACCGGCGCCUCGCGCUCAAGUACCACCCGGACGUCAACAAGGAGGCGAAUGCUCAGGCCAAGUUCCUGAGGAUCAAGCACGCCUACAACACGCUGAUGAGCUCGGAGGGCCGGUCCAAGUACGCCGAUGCAGAAGAGGAGUUCGAUUGGCUCGCGGCUAUCAUUAAAAGCAUGGAAGCAUAUCAAUAUCAGGACUCGGAUGAUGACCUGGAUUUAGACUGGAAACCUGAAGGCCUGUGGGAACAAGUGUUUGCGUACUCUCUAAUUAUAUCCAUGCUUAUCUACGUUCUCACAUAAUGCACUUAGAUAUGUUUGUUAUAUAUACUUGGAUGUUCUCACACUUUUAAGGAUGUGAGAAUACACUUGUGUUCCUGGUUGUAUAUGCACCCUAUAUGGGUUUUUUUUAAUAUUUUAAU